ACCCAGAAAGCAUUCUUUAUAAAAUAAUAUGGUAUUCUAAAUGCAAAACAUUGGGGCGGUUUCCCGGACAGGGAUUAGCUUAAGCCAGGACUACAGUAGGCCUUAGUUUAAUUAGGAAAUAUAACUAGUUUUAACAAACAUGCCUUACUAAAAACAUUACUGGUGUGCAUUUUGAGGAAAAACAAAGGGCACUGGUGUACUUUAAGAUAUGUCAGUUCAAGUUGUUUUCAGUUUGGACAGCUCUUAAAAAUGUUUUUAUGUUUAUGUUUAAACUAGAGUACAAGACCAUAUUAAGUUGAAUGAAAAUACAGCAUUAUACAACAGCACAGUGUGAUAGAUUUUUUAAAAGCCUCCUUCAACCAAUAACCUUUUGUUUUGGGAAAAGGGGAAGCUAUAACAAUAUACUUCUUGUUUUACAUGAAGUUCCUUAAACAAUGUGAGUGUGUAAGUAACAUUGUUUAUUAUUCCCAUGUACACUAUGGAGAGACAUUCUGUUCUUUUGAUUUUAUGCUAUGCUACAAUCUUACACUUCUUUGCUUUUAAUGAAGCAUCACCAUGGACUAGGACACUAUGCAUACAGAUAGUUGAUGGCUAUGAUUGCAGUGAUAUGAACCUACAAUUGAUUCCUGAUGAGGUACCAAAUUCUGUCCGAACACUGAAAUUCGCCUUUAACUACCUGCCUGCUCUAUACAACUUUACUUUUGAAAGACUACAGAACUUACACUAUUUAGACCUCACAAGAUGCAGCAUCACUUUCGUGUAUGAAGAUAUUUUUCCACAUCACGUACCCCUGGAGGUUCUCAUACUAAUUGGAAACCCACUUGUGUUCAUCACAAACAGAGCCUUUUCCGGAUUGCCAGGUUUGAAAUAUUUAAGUCUGGCUCAGUCCAAUAUAAAAAGUCUAUCAGACAUCCCAUCAGACGAUCUUGCCUAUUUGGAAGUUCUGGACAUAAGAGGAAGUGACAUUAGCUCUUUAGAUGGACUAAGCAAAUUCCGUUGGCAAAACAUGAGGAGUCUGCAGCUAGGCAUGAAUUCAAUUGAAAGAAUAAGCGCAGUAGAUUUGGAAACACUUCACAAUCUAGAUGGAAUGAACCUUAGCUUAAAUGCAAACUAUAUUAGCUAUGUAGAACCAGGUGCUUUUCAGUCACUCAAAUUCGGAAGUCUUGAUCUAAAUGGCUGCCUAGGAAAGAUGAACAUUUCUGUACUACUGAAGGGGCUCGAAGGCCUUAAAACCAAAAGACUUAGUCUAGGAUUAUAUGAAACCGACCCAAAGACAUCCAUACCAUCUCUGGCUCUACAAUCUUUCUGUAACAUCUCUGUGAUUGAACUGCAUUUCCAGCUCCAGCAUUUCCCAGAUCUGAAUAACAGCACAUUUCAUUGCCUUGAUGGGCUUCAAAAGCUCGACCUUACCAGAUCCCACCUCAAUUCCCUCCCCUCUAACCUGUCCGGCCUAUCCACAUUGUCUCAUCUGGUACUGAAUGAGAAUAGCUUUCUGGAUAUCUGUCACAUAAACGCCAACAGCUUUCCCAUGCUUACACAUUUAUCCAUUAGUGGAAACAUUAAGCGGCUCAAUUUUAGCAGUAGAUGCCUGGAGGGUCUUGGAAGCCUGGAAAAGCUGGAUCUCAGCUUUAGCAGAGUAAACCCCACAGGACCCUGUUGCAAUGACCAGCUGUUUGGUCUGAGUAAACUGAAAUUUCUCAGUCUUAGCUACGGUUCACCCAUGAUCUGGAAUUCACAGCCUUUCAAAGUUACUCCACAACUGGAGCACUUGGACUACACCCAUUUAGUGUAUGCUCUGAACGACAGCUCACCUUUCAGUACUCUACAAAAUCUCAAAACUCUAAAUCUAUCCUGGUCAAACACGGAUCUAACCAAUGUUCAACUUUUCAAGGGCUUGAAGAACCUGCAACACCUCAAUUUAAAGGGGAACACAAUUCAAGGUGGAGUUCUUACCCAACCAGAGCUCUUCAGACAGGUCCCUCUUUUGGAAACCCUCAUUCUGUCCGCGUGUGGAAUCAGCGCCUUUAAUGAUAACUUGUUUAAAGAGCUCACACAUCUGAAGCAAGUAGACUUCAGCGAGAAUCAGCUGAUCAGAUUCAGCACCUCUGCAUUUUACUCGCUAAAGUUUCUCCAACUUAACUAUGCUAAUAACAGCAUCAUGUUGGUAGAUGUUAAAAAUGUUAAGGAUUUGGGAAAUGCGAGUACUGUGGAUCUGAGCAAUAACCCUCUGAUAUGCAACUGUAGCAAUUUUGAAUUUAUCCAAUGGGUAGAGGAAAAUGCUUUUAAAGUUAGACAAUUGACAGAGACAACUUGUAAUGGGACAGGAAGAAGAAUUAUUGAUGUCCAUUUGCACUGUGACUUCCCUGUAGGCAUGCCUGUUUUAGUUGUAAUUGUAAUUGUUUUGUGUGUCAUUCUCUUCAUUCUCGUUUUUAUCUGGAGAAUUAGGAAAAGAUAUACAAGAUACACACGAUUAUAAACAUGCAAACUACAUAAUCCAACAAUCGAUUUUGAGUUUAAAUGACACAAACCAAAAGUCUAGGCUACAACAAGGCAAAAUUUGGGCUGUCUGUGAAAAUUUAAUAGAUGUGAAACCACAGCCCAGAAAUAAAUAAAAUAAAUAAAUGAAACCAAACACAGUAAUAACAGAUGACUUUGCCUACAUGAUCAUGUAUGUCUCAACAUAUAACUGAAUUCUAAUUAUAGUAUUUUGGUUAGAAGUGGGUUAGUUAUAGCUGGACUGUGUCGGCUCUAUACAUUCUUAAAAUAAAGGUGCUAGCCAUUUGUGGCUAAAUGGUUCUAUAAAGAACCUUCUAACAUCUAAAGAUUAUAAAACAUCCAAGAAGGUUCGGUUGCACUUUACAGUACGUGUACUUACCUUGUACAUAUAUGGUAAAUAUGUUGUACUUACAGACAAAUGUGUGGUACUUACUUUUCAGUAUCUACAUGGUAAUUAAAUUGUAUCAUUACUGUACUUACCAGUGGUACAUACUUGGUAUUUAUUAUGUAACUCUAGGUAAGUACUAGUUAAUACCAGAUACAUACUUAUAGUGUAGGUAAUAUGUAACUAACAAGAAACACUACUGUACUUAUAAAAUAAUGUACAAUAUAAGUAUUUAGUACUUACAGGCAACUGUGGGUUAAUGACAGGUACUUAUAGUGUACCUAUAUGAUAACUAAUAACCAACACUACUGUACUUACAAAUUGUACAUGGUAGGUGUAUAGUAUAUACUGGCCAGUGUACGUUAAUGACCAGCACAUAUAGUGCAUGUAUACUGUAACUAACGAGAAACACUACUGUACUUAUAAAUGGCAUAUACUGUAAAUGGUACGUAUAUGAUAACUAAUAACAAACAUUACGUAUGUGCCAUGUUUCUACUCCAUAUCUUUGUCCUUUAUUGUACCCUUUAAACCCAGGCACUGAAUACAGUAUGCAUUAACUACUGGGUACAUUCAUUAUUAUGUCCAUAGUAACUGCAUGGAAACAGGACUGUAAAAUAAAGUGCUGCAUUUUACACAGUUAUUAUCUAGGACCUACAAUCGAAGUUAUUGCAUAGUAUACAUAUGCCACUGUGAGUUAUAAGAUGCAUUGUUGGGUUUAAAGGGUACAAUAAAGGACAAAGAUACUGAGUACAAAA